GACCAUAGCCAAAAGGUUUUCGUUCCGCUUUGCAGGUUCCCGAAGUUUUCGUUUUCGACAAACCCAGCCCUGGCAAGGUCAUCCACCAUUGCUGUGAAAUGUAUUCCCGGGCUGCAGUUAGUUUUUCGCCUAUUUGCACGCAGGUGCGUGGCAUGGCCACACUCAAGGACAUUUCUGUCCGAUUGAAAAGUGUCAAGAAUAUCCAGAAGAUCACCGCUUCAAUGAAGAUGGUGUCUGCUGCCAAGUUCAAUCGUGCUGAGCGAGAACUAAAACCAGCCAGAGCUUAUGGCCAUGGAGCACAAGAGUUCUUUGAAAAAGCGGAGUGCACUCAAGAUGAGAGUAAACCAAAUCAUUUGAUUUUGGCACUGACGUCAGAUAGAGGUCUCUGCGGUGCAUGCCAUUCUACUAUCGUCAAGCAGAUCAGAGCUUACAUCAGCGAGGCUGGUGAGGGCGCGAAUGUCAAGAUCAUAGCAGUUGGUGACAAGUCGAGGGCAAUGUUACAGCGGACCCAUGGUAAACACAUUCUCUCGACGAUUACAAACAUCGGAAAGAAACCGUCGUCAUAUGCAGAUGCUGCCUUGAUUGCUAAUCAGGUUCUUACCAGUGGAUUUGAAUAUGACUUUGGCCAAAUGUACUACAAUAUUUUCAAGACUGUAGUAUCCUACAAAACAGCCACAAUCCCGCUCUUUUCCUUGGACCAAGUGAGUAACGCAGAGAAGCUCAGUUUAUACGACAGCAUCGACGAAGAAACUCUGCGCAGUUAUAACGAGUUUGCCUUGAGUAGCUUGAUCUACUUUGGUCUCAAGGAAUCGGCCACAAGCGAGCAGAGUUCCAGGAUGACAGCCAUGGAUGGAGCAACGAAGAAUGCCGGUGAAAUGAUUGACAAGCUGACCCUAACUUUCAACAGGACCAGACAGGCUGUCAUCACCAGAGAGUUGAUCGAGAUCAUUUCCGGCGCUGCUGCUUUGAAAAAAUAAUGCUAACACCCACUUAGGACAUUUCCAUCCUCAUAUCAAACUUAGGGUAUUCUUAAGUAUGAUUGAAUUGGCAAUGAUUGUAGGAACUGACUGGGGGAAUUUAUCAGUGUUCUAUCAAACAAGGCUUAAACCUUACCUAUUCUGAUGAAUUGUCCUUGAACCACUUGGUAGGUGGCUACCUUCUUAUGGAUCAAAAUGUGUUAAACUUUUUGGUGUCUCAUCAACUUCACCAGGUCAGUUUCUACUUUAGUAUCACUGCUCAUAGUUCAGGAUCAGAAUAGAAUAAUUUGUACAGAAAAACAUCAUAAGAGUGGACUCUAGCUCAGCAUUGUAUAGUACAACGCUGUUUCAGGACUUGAAUGUGUUGGAGUGAAAAAUGUAAAUUAACUUUUAUGUUCGAUGUGGAAGGGCAAAGUUUUGUUUGUGAAUUCAACCACUGAAUACAAAAUAAUUAUUGGUAAAAACA